AUGGCACCCGCAACGCCACAGUAUCCCAUAGGACAACUUCCAAAACACAGAGUGACAUUCACUCGACCAUUUUUAAUGACUGGCGUUGAUUACUGUGGGCCAUUUUAUAUAAAAGAAAAGAAACAUCGCAAUACUAAGAAAAUCAAAACCUAUGCAGCUAUUUUCGUUUGCUUCAGCACUAAGGCUGUACACGUAGAACUUGUAAGCGAUCUGACGUCUGAAGCUUUCCUCGCAGCACUAAAAAGGUUUUUUGCACGACGCGGGAAGUGUAGCGACAUAUACAGCGAUAACGCAACGACAUUCACGGGAGCAAACCGCGAAUUAGAACAAAUUCACACGCUAUUAACCAUCGAGAAAAAUACUCAAAUACACAAUUACCUUGGAACCAAUAGCAUUCAAUGGCACUUCAUUCCGCCACGCGCACCAAAUUUUGGUGGCUUAUGGGAAGCUGCGGUAAAAUCAUUCAAACACCAUCUUCUUCGCAUAAUGGGAAACACGCUAUUCACGUAUGAAGAGUUGUCUACGUGCUUGAUAGAAAUAGAGGCAAUCCUGAACUCACGACCUUUAACCCCGUUAUCCACAGAUCCUAACGACCUUAAUCCGUUAACACCUGGUCAUUUCCUAAUAGGUGACUCAUUAACAAGCACCCCCGAGUGCGAUCUUACCGUUUUGAAAGCAGGUCGACUAUCAUCGUGGCAGCAUAUACAGUAA